UCUCCCUCUCUCCCUCUCGAGAAAAGAAAAAUCACUUCACUUUCUCGUGAAAAGAUCCUCCCCGAGAGCGCCCCUCCAUAGCUUCUUCUGUCACGCCUUGCGAAGCAGCCACUCCAAGUCGCCGAUCAAAAGCAAGAAGGCGUUCAAACUACUGGGUCGGGUCGCCUUUCUCGAUCACGCUCGUGUCCAAGGAGAAGAAGAGGAUCAAAUUCGAUCCUGAUUCUGAUCACCGCGCCCUAUGGAUUCUGCUUCGGGUGCCGGGCCACCCGAGCCGCAGCAGCAGCAGCAGGGCGCCGAGGACCCUUCGACGGCGGCCCCGCCGGCGCCGCCGAGCCGGUACGAGUCGCAGAAGCGGAGGGACUGGAACACGUUCCUGCAGUACCUGAGGAACCACAAGCCGCCGCUGACGCUGGCCCGGUGCAGCGGCGCCCACGUCAUCGAGUUCCUCAAGUACCUGGACCAGUUCGGGAAGACCAAGGUGCACGCCUCGGGCUGCCCCUACUUCGGGCACCCGAACCCACCCGCGCCCUGCGCGUGCCCGCUCAAGCAGGCGUGGGGCAGCCUCGACGCGCUCAUCGGCCGGCUCCGGGCCGCCUACGAGGAGAACGGCGGGCGGCCCGAGUCCAACCCCUUCGGCGCCAAGGCCGUCCGGAUUUACCUGCGCGAGGUCCGGGAGGGCCAGGCCAAGGCCCGCGGCAUCCCCUACGAGAAGAAGAAGCGGAAGCGGACCCCGGCGUCUGCCGACGUCGGUGGCAGCAGCACCGCCGGGGAAGGUUCUGGCUCCGGCGACGUUGUCAGCGGCGGCGGCGGCGGAGGAGAAACUACCGGCGGCGGCGGCGGUAAUGUUGGACCCACCACCGCCCCGAGCUAGCACCGGCACAUAUCUUGCCACGUUCAGCGUCUUCUCUUUCUCUUUGUCUCCGCUUUUUCUUUCUCCUUUUUACCUCCAUGGCCGCCAUUUUUAAGAGCGAUAAUCUCUGUAAUUGUAAUUACGAGUCGAUUAUUACAUUCAACCCGCAGAGACGAAUCGAAAUCUCGCCCA